AAAGGCAGAACGUCUUUUCUUUCAGUUAAACGCGUUCCAGUCUCAUCAGUCUUCAUACAAUGCGGCACACAUUUGUAUCCAUUAUGGCAUUCCUUGCUGUACUCCUCACUGCGAAAGCUUCGGAUUUGGGCAGAGAUGGUUUUAAUUACUACAAAGAUUAUUUACGCGGCAGGUCAGAUGAUAUAGCACCAACUCCUUAUGACGAUCGGACAUUUUUGUACUACUUUGGCAUUCCUCUAUCAUAUCCAGAGAUAGCCAUACCAGAAUACGGAAAGGGAACGGCAAAUCUUUUUAAAAAUCAUAUGCUGAAUAGAGAAGCCUGGCCCGCAGGUACUCCUGACAAGAGAACAUCAAAAACUGGCCUCUCGCUUCUAAUGCAAAGCAAACAAGAUGUAAAGCCCACGGAAGACAGCCAUUAUUGUCUCUAUGGAAAAUAAAGGCAAGAUUCAUGGAGAGUUCAAGAUUACCUCAGUAUGAUACAGAAACAUAUUUGAAUAAA